CAUCAUAAUCUCAUCUCAACCCAUGGAGUUAAUGAGAAGCAUAAACGGCCCAGGUAGAUCAUUGCCCAGUGUACGAGGAACCCGUCCCAGGACUGGUAUGUUGUACAGAUGUAGUGCACGCAGGCCACGUGGAGUCCGCAUUGGAGACGCUAGUUCAGAUGAUGAAACGCAACCUCCAAGCCCUCCAUUGGAGACUCCUUGUGCGAACCCAUGUCUGGAGACAGAGGCAAACAGAGAACCCUCCCCGAGGGAACAACCAGAUCCUCUUCAAAGUAAUCAGAUCGGUAUAGUUGACAAUGAUAUACGAGGUGAGGAUGUCCCGCCUGUGCCUGUAUCCAACCAGGCACAUACGAGACGUGGUCGCGGGCCGGCGAAGUGUAUUGAAUUUGAAAAAUUACGUAAGCAUGGAAAAGUGUUGUUGAAGAUAAAUAGUGGAGAAAUAGCACCAUGUUGCGAGAAUGCAAACAUGUUUACAACACGUUUAAGCUGGAUCAUUAAACAUCACUGCAACAUGAGCUACCCAAGAUGGAGUGAUGUACCCCAAGAGCAUAAGGAUGAAUUAAUCGAUCGUGUUCGGGGUGAUUUUGAAUUGGAUUGGGACUUAGAGAACCAUCAAUUGGCUGUGACUAAACAGCUUCGUAAGCGCUUUAAUGCCUUCCACCACCAACUACAUCAGAUAUAUAUGUCAUAUGGCAGCCAUGACGAGGCAUUGGCGACUGGGACUAGUUUGGUCACCCCCCUAGUAUGGUUUAAGCUCUGUGAACGAUGGGGUAGCGAGGCCUUCCAGAAAAUAGCAAGUAAAAAUCGGGACAAUAGAAGGAUGCUGAAAAUUAACCACACAACUGGUCGCAAAUCCUUUGUGAGGAUGCUAGAACAAAAGCGUGCUGAAAAUGCAAAUUUGGUGGACUUCUACAAGGAAACCCACUGGUCCAAGAAGAAAGAUAAAUUUGUGACACCUGCUACCGAAGACAUUUAUAAGGAUAUGGUAGGAAAGCUGGAUAAUUUAGAACCAGACAAACGAACUGAUGAAGCAGCAGCGGGUGUAUUCAGAGAGGUACUUGGGCAUCGACCGGGUUAUGCAAGAGGACUGGGAGAGAUGGUGAUCCCCGAGUCUACAAGAAAACACUCCUUGGCACGAGAGAAAGAGUAUAUAGCUUUGAUUGAAAAACAUAAGAAAGAGGCUGAAGCUUCCAAGAGUGAGAUGGCGUCAAUGAAGGCAAACAUGGAGGUUAUGAUGGAGAAACAAAAUGAAACCGAUCGUAUGUUAAGGGCCAUCUUAGCUGCGAACCCGUCCCUCAUUGAGUCUCUUCGAGAGACUCAGCUAAUUCAUACCAUAUUGGAUGUACAUGGUAUCUCAUGGGUGGGGUCGUCUUACGCUAGAAGUAAUGAACUUAGAGAAUUUGAAUUUGAACUACAAAUUCACGGAAGGUCUACAAGCAGAUAUCCCCUUGGUCAGCUGCAUAAGAUGGAUAAGCCUUGGAUGCUUAUCGAAAUUAGAUUGCAUUCCAAUGAAUACGAUGAAGCUUACAAUGACUACAUUAAUGAUUUCGAUGAGAUGUUAGAUGACAUUCGUCAUGGGUCGUUUAUGGAUAAUUCAACUAAAAAUGAAGGAAAUGCAAACACAAAUGAUCAACCAUCCAUCUCUAAUACUCCAACAAACCUUAAUUUCGAGGAGUUGUUAGCCGAUGCACGACGUCCACUUUAUCCUUCAUGUGCUAAGUUCUCAAAGCUAUUAUUUAUAGUCAAGUUGCUUCACAUCGAGAGCAUUGGUGGUUGGACCAUGGAGUCCUUUGACAUGGUGAUAAAGAUUCUGCAAGCUGCAUUUUCUGAUGCUCUAUUCCCUGACUCAUUUAAUGAUGCUCAUCGCUUGGAGUGUGACUUGGGCUUUAGUUACAAAAAGAUACAUGUGUGCCCAAAUGAUUGUAUCUUGUUUUGGAAGGAAAAUGCUGAGUACAAUGAAUGCCCUCAAUGUAAAGAAUCUAGGUAG